CGCGGUCGUCGGUGCUCCAGCUUUACUGCAGGAGGCUGAGCUAGUCGAUACCGGGGGAGUAUUCAUUUUAAACAAAGAUAUCGUACACAAACCGUUCGACAAAACUAUACGAGCCAAAAAAAGUAAACCCUGCAUCAACGAUUUAAAACAAAAGCUCAGGUUCAAGGAGUGUUAACAAAGCCAAGCCUGCAACCAUGCCAGCUAACGACCCCAGCGAUAGUCUGCAGAUCCAGUUUGGGCUCAUCAACUGCGGCAAGAAAUACCUAACGGCUGAAGCCUUUGGCUUCAAGAUUAAUGCCUCGGCCACCACCAUGAAGAAGAAGCAGAUCUGGACUCUAGAGCAGAAUGGUGACGACUCCAACGUGGUCUUCUUCAAGAGCCACCUAGGGCGGUACCUGGCCGCGGACAAGGACGGCAACGUGUGGUGUGAGAGCGAGCAGCCGGCCGCCGACUGCAGGUUCCUCAUCGUCGCCCACGACGACGGCCGCUGGUCGCUGCAGUCCGAGCUCCACAAGCGCUAUUUCGGCGGUACCGAGGACCGCCUGACAUGCUUCGCCCAGACCAUCUCGGUGGCCGAGAAGUGGAGUGUCCACAUCGCUAUGCACCCCCAGGCCAAUCUCUUCAGCGUGACCAGAAAGCGGUACGCUCACCUGAGCGACAAGGACGAGCUGGCCAUUGACCGGGACACUCCCUGGGGGGUGGACUCCCUCAUCACCCUGGUCUUCCAGGAUCAGAAAUACAGCAUCCAGACCAGUGACAACCGCUUCCUCCGUAACGACGGCCAGUUGGUGGAGAAACACGAGAGAGGCACCGGCUACACCCUGGAGUUCAGGUCUGGCAAGGUGGCCUUCAGAGACUGUGAGGGCAAAUACCUGGCCCCCUCCGGCCCUACUGGCACCAUGAAAGCUGGUAAAAGCACCAAGGCGGGCAAGGAUGAGCUCUUUGUUCUGGAGCAAAGCUUCCCACAGGUGGUACUCCAGGCUGCCAACAGCAGGAACGUUUCUAUCCGGCAAGGUAUGGACCUCUCUGCAAACCAAGAUGAAGAAAGUGACCAAGAAACUUUUCAGUUAGAAAUCAACAAAGAAACCAAGAAGUGUGCUUUUCGAACCUGCACUGGGAAAUACUGGACUUUGACUGCCAAUGGAGGGGUACAGUCUACUGCUUCCACAAAAAAUGGCAAUUGCUACUUUGAAAUUGAAUGGCGUGGGAGAAGGAUUGUUCUGAAGGCUGUCAAUGGAAAAUAUGUCACCGCUAAAAAGAAUGGGCAGCUUUGUGCCAGCAUAGAAACACCAGCGGAGACUGAAGAAUUUGUGAUGAAACUCAUCAACAGGCCUAUUAUCGCACUUCGUGGAGAGCAUGGCUUUAUUGGAUGCCGGAAAAUGACUGGAACCCUAGAUUCAAACAGAUCUUCAUACGAUGUCUUUCAGCUGGAAUUUAAUGAUGGUGCUUACAGACUCAAAGAUUCUACUGGGAAAUACUGGAUGGUUGGAAGUGACUCUUCUGUCACCAGCAGCAGUGAUCAACCGGUUGACUUCCUGUUUGAAUUCUGUGAUUACAACAAAGUUGCAAUUAAAAUAGAUGGGAAGUAUUUGAAGGGUGACCAUGCAGGUGUGUUGAAGGCAUCUGCUGAUGGCAUUGAUUCCUCAACCCUCUGGGAGUAUUAAAUGCACUUUAUACAUAAAUGUGGCUUUCCAGCAUUUUUUGUUUUGCAGUAGUCCUACCAUGGGUAUAAUGCCUGCCUGCCUUUCAUAACAUAUCAUGCCAACUUUUUUUAAAGCAGAUUUUGUAUACUCAUCAUGGCAGUAGUUAUUUGAAGAUGAUUUCCCUAGGUCUGUGCAGGCUGCAUAAUUCAAAUCUACAACAUGACAUUCCCUUUUAGUGUUUUUUUUGUUAGGGUUUUUCUGAACAUCUGUAAUGUGGUGUUGCCAAAGUUAUGGUUACAACUUGCUUUAUGGCUCUGGCCAUGGAUUGCAGCUGCUGUUCUAAUAUUAGCCAUGUUCACAAGUGCAUUGGUUGUGCCAGGCUGGGUGUUUGACAGCCUCUUGCUGCCUCCCUUUGUAUAGGGUGGGGAAGAUGCAGCUUGCUGUAGGGAGUUCUGUGAGCAAGCUGACUCAAUAUCUGAUCUCAGUAGCUACUGUGAAAGCCAUUCCUUUUUUCAACAGAAAACAAUUUAAUUGUAUAUUAGUCCACAAACUCAGUGCUCAUCCUCUUAAUGGAUUGAGCAAUUUUCUAACUGUAGCUAUAAACAUUCUUAUGGUGAUUAGAUAAAAUCCAGUUGCCAGAACUCCUUAGUUGCCCUUGUAACUGAAAUACGUUGCUUUAGGUGUUAUAUCCACUAGUUCUAGGAAUCUUCAGAAACCAAAAAUUGGUACAAUAGAAUGGUGUGGACACAUUUAGGACUUCACAGUGGGCAACACUUUAAUAAUGUCAUUUCCCAGAAUAAAAUUAUGGAUAUGGAAUGCCCUAAGCUGGACUUGUGCUAUGCAUUUCUGUUGUUUCUCCAGUCUGUAGUUCAAGUAACUUAGUGCAGAGUUGUAGUAGGGAAAGAGGGUGCCCAUUAUGGGGGAAGGGAAUGACAGUGCCUUGUUUGAGACAGUUAUUGCCAUACAUUGUAAAUCCCAAGUUGGAAUUUACAAUAAUGCUCCCUCUUAACAUAUUCUUUGAGGGUUAACACCAUAUUCUCCAUGUUUCAUAAACUGCUCAGAUUGGGCAAAAUGCUGAAACACUGGACACUGUCAUCCUUGCCUGUUGCUGGGACUGGUGAUGGGGAUGUGGUCUGCAUAGCACUUCCCCAGUGAUCCAGUGUCUACUUAAUAUGGUGUUUGUUAACGGGAUUAUUUCUGGAAUAUAUUAAGCCUUAACUCUCCUUUAACUGGAAAACCAGGAGCCCUGCCUCAUCCUUCCUAAACUCUAAUGUGCCAUUACACUGGUAUAAUAAAACUGGAUAUCCUGAUGUGAAUUGUUAAUGAGUUGAGCAGAUGGAUCCUCUGUCGUUGCAAAACACCCUUUCCUGGCCAAAACUAUACUUUUCUUGUUUGGCUAAUGGCUUUGAGAAAUUCAUCUGACUAACUUCAUUUUGAGUUACCCAAUCAAUGGUAGCAAUUAGGUUUUGUAUAGAAAUAAAUUGGAACUUUUAAAUGCAGUUUUUUUUGAGGAAAACAGUUUCAUGCAUUUUUGAGUGAAAGAUGGACAGGCAUUAGACUUUAGUGGUCCAUGGUAGGAUCUCUUAAUGCAGUGCUGCAUUCAUUGAGAAUGUGCUUGAUGGCAAAUGCAUAUGAUCUUGUAACUUUUUGUGGAGGGAACCAGUUGCCAAAACCCACAUCUCAUUAAUGUGGAACUGCUUGAGUAUUGUCCUGGAAGAUCUAAUUGGGGUGAGGAAACCACUGGGGUGAACUAGAGGACCGUAGCCCUCUGGUUUAUGGUAUCCUUAUCGUAAAAAAUUACUGAAUUUAAAAUGCAUAGUCUCAAAGAUUGUUUUUAAAUGUUACUUCCAUGAUUACUCUGCAGGAAGUUCAGGAAUUACUUAAUCCAGAAUUACUUCUGUGAGAAGACACCUUCGUGUUCUCUUAUUUAAAUAAAAGGUCAAGAAAAUGUAGCCCUCAUUUAUCAGGACACUGAAAACGGUGCCAGGCUUAAGGUUUCACCUUUCAAAUGUUGCAUUAUUCCACCCUGAUGUAUCUUGUAGAAGUAACAAACACUUUUCCACUUUACUUUGAUCUCUUCUCUUUUUUUGUAAGUCAUUUGUAUAACUUGAGGAAUGUCAUGUCAAAUAAAAACAAACGUUGCAUAUGCCAGAAAA